AUGACCUUCAGCAAUAAACGCGCAAUCAGCACCUCCUCACUUGGACUGCACGCCUCACAUACCCUGGAUAGCAAAAUUCGCGCAGCUGCAUAUCACAGCUUCACUGGUAUUGAGAUCGUCUACGCAGAUCUGGAAGCCUACGGCAACACCCAUAAACUCGACCUGGCAGCCGCCGCAGAUCAAGUUUGUCAAUUGUGUUUACAACUGGGCCUACAGGUCCUCUCCCUCUGUCCCUUCGAAAACUUCGAAGGUCACAACUCCCCGCUGCAAGACCGUCUCGCAAAAGCAGCCCACUGGAUGGACACUGCGCGCACUCUGGGUGCUGCAUACAUUCAAGUUCCUGCCCAGUUCGGUCCAGACGUAACGGGCGACGAGGCUGUCGUCGUGUCUGAACUACAGAAACUUGCAGAUCUAGGCAGCGCCGCUGAGCCAGUCAUCUCUAUUGCGUACGAGCCAAUGUCCUGGUCGACAUUCUAUUCGACCUGGCAGGAUGCCGUGCACCUUACAGAAUUGGUCGGUCGCAAGAACUUCAAGAUAUGUCUCGAUACCUUCCACAUUGCGACCAAGCUCUGGGCAUCGCCACAUGACCCCAGCGGCAAGUACCCAGACGCUGACCGGCGGCUGGCAGAAGACCUCCGCGCUUUCUUGAAAGAGUUUCCGAUGGAAAAGCUAGCCUACAUUCAGCUCUCUGAUGCAGAGCGUUUCGAUCCACCGUUUUCGAAGCAGCAUUCUUGGUAUACGGAAGGUGAGGCUGCGGAGUUCACGUGGUCUAAGCAUGCAAGGCCAUUCUCGCUGGAGAUUGAGAAUGGAGGGUAUUUACCUGUGGUAGACAUUGUGCGGGCUUGGGUAAUUGAUAAGGGUUAUGAAGGGUGGGUGUCAAUGGAGACUUUUGAUCGACGGACGAGAGGUGAGAAGGUCACGACUGAGCAGUGUGCGGUGAGGGCGGAGAGAUCGUGGAAGAGCCUCGAGAAGGCGCUAAGUGAGCCAAAGAGCCUCCUGUAA